AUGGGGGAGAAUGUCUUUCCUACCGAGGCUCCUAGGAGUGCUUCCUUAGAGCCUGGGGCUAGUCCUCGCCCUGAGCCCCGCGACGAGACCGCAGAGCCGGCUAGUGGCUUAGUAAUAGACCCGCAGAACCCAUCUUUUACUAGCUACCGAGAAACCACUCGCCAUGAGUCUGAAGCGUCUACGUCUACUAGACCAUAUAUUCGUCCUGCUCUAGCCCAGCCAGCGCCGAAUGAUCCUCCUAUCUUCCACCCAGCGCAAGGACCUGACCAGUCCCAGCAGACGCCUUCUUACCCUAUGAUCCAACCUCGUCAGAUCGUGGUUCACCAGCAGAUAAUGCCGGAUCCUAGAACCCCUGGCGCCCCCUUCUUUGAUGGAAAGAAUGUCUCUGAGUUUAUUAGGACCUAUGAGGGCAUGUGCAAGAGACGAGGAAUCCUAGACGGCACCAGCAUAUGUGAUGGUCUCGCUGACUACUGCGAAUUCACCGUGAGAAUGUGGAUUGAGUCUUCGCCAAACUGGAAAUUUAGAGACUUUAAGGCACUAAAGGAAGAGAUGCGAGUAAGGUAUCAGGACCAGGACGGAGAAUACUACCGCUAUUCGCGCACUUCUCUAAGCGAGCUAGUUGCGCAGAAUCAUGAGUCUUAUGACGAAAUCCGUUAG